AUGGAAGAGGCUUACAAUUUUUACACCAAUUGUUUUGAACCAGAGAGUGAAUUCUUUGAAGGCAUUCCAAUAACUGCAUUUCCUAAUACAACAGCGGAUGAAGAUAUCCAAUCUGGGCAUGAAGAUUCUCUCGAAGCAAACAGUGAAUUUUACAGAUGGUUUCACUGUCAACCCAUGAACACCUGCAACGGUAGUGGAAAUGAAGGGCAACCGGGGAAUUACGAAAAUCAGCAAAAGAACUUGGAGGACUUUGAAAGCGCUCUCGAAUUUAUUGCCAGAAUGGACGAGAAAGAGAAGACGCCGGAGAAACAAAAAAUGGAAAGAGAAAGAGUUGCCGUAAUCACCCAGUGGCUCAUGAACGACACUGAUCUGCCGGCUCCAAAUCCGAGCUGCCCGAUUCGACAUUCGUUUUCCCCCUUCAAAAUUAAUAAUCAACCUUUUUUUGGACAAGAGCAAAUCUGCAGUCCUGGCCCAAUAGAUUGGAUGCCUUCGAACUCAUCAACAUCAAUUGCUGACAAUCCGAUGACUUCACGGAAGAAUUUCGUCCCUGAUGAUUAUGGUCAUACGGAUCAACCAAAUUAUGAGGAGACUUCAAAAAUGAGGGACAUCCCUCCCCCCAUCCGUCAAUCAACUGAUCAUAAAGACCGAAAUUGUGAAACCGUUAAAGCAAAGAAGCCAAGAUUUGAUGAUUCUCUCGCACGCAUUCAUUACAGUCCAAAAGGGGGCCAAGCCGACCCGAAGGGGAGGCCACACGCAUGCAUUCAUUCCAGUCCGGAACAGAGCCAAGCCGACCCGAAUACCGAUACAGACUUUCACGCUGCAAAUCAAGUCAUCGUUGGUGAUACUGUAGAAGGCGUUGUCCAUGGUCCUGUUGAUAGUCCACACGAGACUUUUGACUAUUUCGUGAAUACAAGCCAGAGUUCGUUUGAACCCAAAUCCAACCAAGAUUUGGUGGUGGAAGAUCCGCAAACAGACGCUCAAAUUGCUGAAAAGAUUACGGCUUACAGGAGCUUGUUUUUGGAUAGAGGACAAUACUCCGCUGCUUCUGAGGAAGAACUGUUCAUGGCAGCACAGUAUCUCUACGAAAACCGCGAGAGACACGACUUCGUAGAAGUAAAAGAUAGAGCAAAUGCUUACAAGGGCUCUGAUCGACCAUUCAAAUGCAAUUUUUGCCCUUUUUAUUCAAUGACUCGAACGUUCAAUUCCAAAGAAGAGAUCAUCCGACACUUCCGCCGGCACCUAAAAGAUUUUACUUUCGUCUGCAAGUACUGCCAAAAAGGAUUUCCGAGGUCGGACAAAAGAAAGAGCAUGUUAAGAAUCACCACACAAAUCAGACUCGCAGAUGUUGAUGACCAAUUCAGGCUGAAUCGAUCACUAGGCAAAUUCAAUCUUCUUCUCCGCUCAAAGUUCAUUUUAUCCGUACUGAAAAAUAUUGUUCUUAUACCUUUCAAACAAAACGAGGCUCCCUUGCAUCAAAUGCAGACCAACACCAAUUCAACCAAUGCCAUGCAUACGAGAGAAAAUCAGAACCAUUCUGGGGCGUCUUCUCAAAACGCUGCUUUCGCUGUUCAAAUUCUUCCUCAAUUACAGAAUCCGUGCUCCAAUGGUUCUCAGAACUGUUACCUGUCAAACGUCGAUUCUUAUACAACAAGUUCAGUUCAACCAAUAGCUUCAAUUGCUUACAACAACGUCAUUCAAAAUACGGUCUCCUCGAAUCAAAUGCCGAUCAAUACCAAUUUUCCCAACACGAUGCAUAACAUUCAUAAUCAGAGUCACUAUGGUGCGCGUUUUCAAAACCCUGUUCCUUCUAGUCAGCUGACUCCUCAAUCACAGAAUCUGCAAAACAACCAGAAUACGGUGCCCUCAAAUCAAAUGCCAAUCAUUUCAAAUUCAACAAACACAAUGCAUACACCGAACAAUCAGAAUAUCGCCGACGCGCCUUUUCAAAACGCUGCUUUCGCUGGUCAUCUGACUCCUCAAUCACAGACUGCUGUUUCUCAGAACUAUUACGUAUCCAACGUCAAUUUACACAACGAUAGUGGAAAUGAUUGGCAAGUUGGGAACAACGAAACUCAGCAAAAGAACUUGGAGGAAUUCGAAAGCGCUCUCGAAUUUAUGGACGCAAUGGAUGAGAAAAAUAUGACGCCGGAGGAACAAAAAAUGGAGAAAGAAAGAGUCGCCAAAAUCACCCAGUGGCUCAUGAACGAUACUGAUUCACCGGGUUGGAUGCCUUCAAACUCAUCAACAUCAAUUGCCGACAAUCCGAUGACUUCACGGAAGCAUUUCAUCCCUGGUGAUUAUGGUCAUACGGAUCAGACAAAUAAUGAAGAGACUCCGAAAAUCAGCGACAUCAAUUAUGUGCCCGUUGAAGCAAAGAGGCCAAGAUUUGAUGAUUCUCUCACAAAAACUGAUAGAUAUGAAGAUACAGACUAUCACGCUUCGAAUGAAGUCAUCGUAGGUUAUUAUGAAGAAGGCGAUGUACAUGGGCCUGUUGGUAGUCCUAUCGAGACUUUUUCUCCAAUUGUCCAAAACCAAAAUACGACCUCCUCGAAUCAAAUGCCGAUCAACACAAACUUUACCAACAAGAUGCAUAACAUCUACAAUCAGAAUCACACUGGUGCGCGUUUUCAAAACCAUGUUCCUGCUAGUCAGCUGACUCCUCAAUUACAGAAUCCGCAAAAUAAUCAGUACGGGAACCUGCCCUUCUACAAUGCCUCGCAGAAAAGUCAGGCAUCGCAGAUUGAUUUUACGACAACAAGCUUAGGUUCGCUGGAAGACAUUUUUGAUCAGCUAAACUCGCCCUCGUCGAACACCUUUGAGGACCAAUAUUGCUCCAAUCAGCAACAUUACAAUUUUCCAAAAAUAUCAGACUCACAUAAUUCUUCAAAUGUCACUGACACUGCUCCGACAAGCACGAAUGCCCUGCCAAACUAUGAUGCAAUGGGCGAUACAGAAACGGAUCUAGUUACGGAAUUCGACAAAAUGUUCCCAUACAACGGCUCAGAACAGAUGAACGACGAAAACGAUCUCGAUUAUUAUCACGAGCAACUUAUCUCAUCAAAUGAGCUCGGUAGCUUUGAUAAAAAACCUGAAUUUGGCCCGGUUUAUGUGGAACAAACGAGUUCUGUUACUUUGCACGCUCAAUCAUUUCAGCAAAAUAUCCACGACACCGGCGAUUACCACGCUGUCAAUAACAAUGUCUCGACGGGUUUUGAACCGAAAGCGGACGCUGUAAUGGUACAGACUCAACCUACUUGCAAGAACUCUCCCAGUCUGAGAGAUAUGCUUGGAAAGAAGGAAAUACUAAAAACUUUAUCCGAGGAAGAACGAAGCGAAAUUGCGCAGAAAUUAACGAAAGAUCGGAUGCAGGCUACGACCAGGAGAAUGAAUAUCACUGUGAUAUGUGCCGCUUUUUCCCGAAAAAAGACGCUUCUCGUCAAGUACGAACCUUCAACAGUUUGGACCAAAAGUUCCGACAUCAUCGUCGACACUUGA